GUAAAUUAGUAAAUUGUGAAUUUAGUAAAUUAAAUUUCAACGUUUGUAUUGUAAUGUUUGUAUGUGAAAAUCGAGGUUAGUGAUAAUCUUGAUCUAGAUCUUGUUUUUAUUUUAAACAAUAAAAUAAAAAAUAUUGUAUAAUUCAAAAAAAUGAAUAUAAAUAAUUCAAUUAUUGCAAAUAUUUUUUCUCCAUUUCAAGAGUACAUAAAUUCUGAACAAGAUGUCAGAGAGGAGAUACGUAAAAUAAUGAAAGAUAUAGAGAAACCAUUAAGAGAAAUAACGACUGUUCUUCAAGUUAUUCAUCAUGACCAGGAUAUAGAAAAAAUGCACAGGGCAUGUCUUAAAGCCAGAGAACUUUUCGAUGAUGUGCGAAAAGGUUACGAAGCUCUUAAUAGCACUGUACCUCCUGGGCAAUAUUACCGAUACAAUGAUCACUGGCGUUUUGCUACACAACGUCUUUGCUUCCUUGCUGCCUUGAUUAUAUUCUUAGAGAAAGGGAUUCUAAUAGAUAAAGAAACAACAUCUCAGAUAUUAGGAGUUAACGGCAAAACCAAUAUUCAUCUGGAUUUGGAGGACUACUUGAUGGGACUUCUGAAUUUAGCUUCUGAAUUGGCAAGAUAUGCAGUAAAUUCUGUAACCUAUGGUGACUAUGAAAGACCACUGCAGAUAUCAAGAUUUGUUGCAGAAUUGAACGCAGGAUUCCGGCUACUGAACCUAAAGAAUGACUCAUUAAGGAAACGAUUUGAUGCCUUAAAAUAUGAUGUGAAGAAAAUAGAAGAAGUUGUAUACGAUUUAUCCAUAAGGGGACUUGCUCAUAAUCCUAGCACAAGUGAACCCGUGAAUAUGUAAUGUUUUUAUAGGUAAAAAAAUAUGCUUCACAUAAUAUCAUACGUCACUGUUUUAUAAAAAAAAGUAUCUUUUACUUUCUGUUGUAUGUUUGCUUUGUUCUAUAAAUAUUUCAAAUAAUUUGUAGUUAAUUUAUUGAAACAUCUGAUAUUUAUUUAUGUAGAACUGAACUAUUUAUUAAUAGUUAAAGCACUAUUAGAAAAAAAUGUUUUGUUUUUUUCAGCUAUAUUUAAUGAGUAUUACUAUUUUAUUGUAGAAAGUAAUGUAGUUGUGGCUGUCACUAGUAUUUUAUAGAGAUGCACGACUUCAAAAAGUACUGGUACUGGCGUAUUGUAUUAUUUCACUUAAAAGUACCAGUUCUGUGCAAUACCAGAUGAAAAAGUAUCAGUACAUUCACAAUUCGACAUUUUAUCGAAGAUUUUAAAAAAACUUAUGUAUGCAAUUUUUUAAAUAAAUAUAAAAUAUAAACCUUUCAAAUAUUACUUUUAAUAAGACCAAAGUAAAUCGCAAGAGAUUUCUGGUCUGACUGCAAUCGAGGACAUUCUGUGUUUUAGUCUUUUUACAAUAAAGCAGCAAAGGUUUUAGCUUUUUUGGUUAUUUUAUGUCUGCCUAUUUCUGUUACUGUAGUUAAACACCAACCUGGAAGUUUUUCCGAACCCCCAAUUUGUCGUCGGGUAGGAAUCUAACUUAUCUAACUGUUCAGACAAGAGACGCCCACUAAAAUGUAGACGAGCAUCCCCAGAUGGUCACCCAUCUAAAUACUACCUGCAAUCUAUGUUGCUUGACUUCGUAUCAAUGACAUGAAUACCAAGUUGCUAAGCCGCACUCACCCUAAAAAAGUAGUUAUGCCCCUAACAUUCAAGGACAGCGACAGCCAUAUUUUCAUGCAACUGACUGAACUGCAAUUGCUAAUCACACGUACUUUAGCUAUUUACUGCUAAAUUGUAUGCCACUUUUUCUUGGAAAGUAGCCGGUAAUCAAUGAUCUCUACCUCAAACAUUAAGGUUAACUUCACUACCAAUAGGUUGUCAGGGAAUGUACCAGAUCGUAUUGUAUGGUAAGCUGUAAUACCGAUACAAAAUAUUGAUUAUGGGAAUGAAAAAAAACGGUACUCAGAAAAAUUGUAUCAUACCGUGCAUCUCUAGUAUUUUAUUUUAUAGUAUAAUCAUAUUUUCUACAGGCAGUUUAGAACUUAUUAACAGUUUGUCUGUUUUGAGUACAAUCUUAACUUUUGUAAGUUUAUCCUGUGAUGUGUUUACUGAAAAUAAAUAUUUUUUUCAAACCUU